GCGACGCCGGUCAGGCCAGGCGGGAGGAGCGUGCGGAGCGACGCCGAUCCGGCAGGCGGCGCCGUGAGGGAAGGGUACGGAGCGACGCCGGUCAGGCCAGGCGGGAGGAGCGUGCGGAGCGACGCCGAUCCGGCAGGCGGCGCCGCGGGGGGAGGGAUUGUUUGAGCGUUUAAAGUACUGAGAUGGAUCGCAAUCCAUCCCCACCACCGAGUGAUGAAAGUGACAGUGAGACCACUGGAGCCGAUGCAAUUGGAAACACAGUUUAUAGCAAACACUGGUUGUUUAGCACACUCAUGCAACUAAUCAAGUUUGUCUCUGCGGAGGAUGAAAAGGCAGAACUUUUGAAAGCAGACACACAGCUGGAUGAGGAUCUGGAGAAUGAGAUCUGUAAAGUCUGGGACAUGUCUAUGGAUGAGGAGGUUGCUCUAUUUCUUCAGGAAUUCAAUGUUACAGGCAUCUUAUUAGGGAUCAUUGGUAAAUCUAAGUGUCCUCGAUUGACGGAGAUCUGUGUUGGUAUCCUGGGCAACAUGGUUUGUUACAAGGAAACUUGUCAGUCAGUCACCAACAAUGAUAAUCUUGUAGAGGUACUACUGUUGCUACUGGGAGAUUCUGACCCACCAACUCUCUUGGAAACCAGCAGGUUAAUACUAACCUGUCUUUCUCAGCCAGAUGUUGCCACCAUCUGGGUUGACCGAAUCCGUAAGCAACCUGCUGUUCGGGACAAUGUAUGCUUCAUAAUGCAGAGCUCCACAAAUGCUGACUUAUUGGGAAAGAUCGGUGAGGUGGUUGAUAAACUCUUUGACUUAGACAAGGAGCUCAUGCUGAGCUGGAUCACAGAGUCAAAGGAGUUGCCUGAUGCACAAGCAACAGAGCAGGAAAAAACAGCUGAGAUUUCAUUGGUCCCUUGUUUACUGGAAGCAGCCAGACAAGUCAGGUCAGACAGUCUUGAGGGGUUUGAGGUUUACAUUCAUAUUUUGCAGCUUCUCACUACAGUGGAUGAAGGAAUUCAGGCAAUAGUUAAACCUCCAGACAAGGGAGAAGCUACCUGGACUCUACUGAAUGAUAUAAUUUGCACUGACCUUUGCCAGGAUGAUGACCCAUCGAUUUUCAUAGAGGAGCAGGCAAGUGUGCUGUCCUCUGCUCUGGCUAUCCUAUCAGCGUUAUUUGCUUCACACGUAGAGAAAUACAGCGAGAUUGAGCAAAAUCUUCCUUUGCUUGGUAUGUUGCUACGAGUUCUGUUCUAUGCAGAAGGUGGUGAGAAGAAACCAGCAGAAGGAACAAGAAGACCCAGUGCAGACAAAUGGUCUGCCCCAUCUCCAGCAGGUGCUCAGAAAGGGAAAAGACAGGAGCGAGACUUCCCAUUGAAAAUCCUACUGAAUAUCUGUUGUGAAUUCCUCUCUGAAAUUUUUAUGGACAUUUCUGAGGAGCUUGUGUCAAAAAGCUUUAAAGAAGGUUAUUUAAAUCAGGAGAUGUUAAUUUGUGCUGUUCAUCACCUUUUCCCUCUGUAUACCUCUACGGUUAAAAGGUUCCAUGAUAUCUUAAAAGAAGUGCAACCAGAGACUGCAGAACAAUUACAACUGAAGUUCCCUAGUCUCAGUUCCUGACUGAGAAUUGUUACCAAUACUGAGAGGAAAACUAUUGUUCUGGAGCUUUGCUGAUGGGGAGCAGAUGUUCAAGGGUUACUAAAACUCUGGCUCCAUAAGUGCUUCUUUCUUUUGAUGGAGCAUAAGCUGGUGACUGACAGAAGGCUUGUCAGUUUAAGACGUACAAAAUGUACAGAAUUGCAUUUACAUAUAAUAUUAACCUCAGUUGUUGAGGACCACUGAUGCCCAUAGUUGAAGUAAGACUUUUCUAUUGAAAUAUAUCUGAAUUUUUUUCUGUUAGUGUCAAACAUGUGGGAGACUGAAGUUUCAUGACAGGAUAUCUCUUUAGCCUUUGGAGAUGUGAUGGUGGAACAGAAACUUCAUCUUGUACUUUUGAUGGGCAUGGCAUGGUAACUAAAAUAGGAAGCUUGUAGCUUCCAUCUGUCCCCAACAUUUCUGAAGAAGGGGCACAUUAUUGAGCUAGGUAGUUGCACUAGUAGCAGCAGUUUGUGAAUGAUUGUACCUAUGGUAUACUGAUAGACAUUACAUAAAGCACAGAGCAGUGUUGCACCCCCACCUCUGCCUAAUAAAUAUUUUCAGUCCUGUUUGAUUAGUGUUUCCUAUAUAUAAGUUAUAAGAAUAUUUUUAUCUCGUUGAUGUAUCUCAAUGAGCAUAAGUAGUUGAGAAUAGUUUAAGAAAACAACUGGCUUCCAUCUACAUCAAGGUUGUUUUUCUAUGGGUAAGGAUAUGAAGGCAAAGAGAUCAGAAGCUUCCAAUAUCCAACCCUUGUCACUUAUUAGACACCUGAUCUCAGGCAGACAAGUAUAUGAAUUACUACAUUUGGCUUAGCACUUUGGGUUAAAUGGGCCAAAAACCUGCUUAAUUUUUCCCCCUCGGGACUCUUCAAUUAUUUGGUUUAAGGAACUUUUGUUUAAAUAACAGUUAAGAAUGUGGUUGUACUUAGCAAUGAUGCACGCAAUAAUAAAUAAUUUGGUGGUAAUUUGACUUUUUAAAGAUUUAUCUCUUUUUAAUAUUUAUGGAACACACCUUAAGACGUGCUUCUAAAUUUUUGUUUUCCUCAUUGAUAGAUCUUGAUGCUGCUAGUAUGUAGAAUUUAAAUUUAAUUAAUUAGUUUUAAUGACGCUGUAUGCUAGAUUACCAUACAUGUCAAUUUUGUAAUUUCAGUUCAGUUGUAUUUUACAAAGGCCGAAUUUAUUGCAUGUUUUUAUAACUAAAGCGUUCAGAAAGAAAAAUCCUUUAAUCAUACCAAAACUAAAAAUGGAAAAAUGCAAGUCCAACUUGUGAAAAUGAUUCAGAAAGGGAAAGAAGUAUAUUCCUAGCUUAUGCUGAUUAUAGUGUGUACCUAAAGACAGUAAGGCGUGGUAAUGUGGACAAGUAUACAAGAUAUGUCAGAGCCUGCUCUCUCCAAUGGGGUACAUCAAAAGUGAGAUCUCCAGUUCCAUUUACAAUUUUUGUUGGUGUGCUUCAUUUCAGACUUAAAAGGAACAAAUUCUGAGGCAUUCGCAUGAUAAAUCAUUUUUUAUUUUUGGAUGUAUUUUUAGAAUGUACAGUAUCUGCCAGUUCUUUGCUGGUUCUUCCUUCUGCAGACUCCUGGUUUCCUCAGCACUACCUGCGCCUUCACUUACCUUCGUAUUGUCCAUAAACUUUGCCACAGAGUCACCAAUUCUGUCAUCCAAAUCAUUGACGUGACAUGAAAAGAAGCAGUCCCAACACUGACCCCUAUGGAACACCACUGGUCACUGGCAGCCAACCAGAAAAGGCCUCCUUUAUUCCCACUCUUUGUGCCCUGCCAGUCAGCCAAUCUUCUAUUCAUGCUUUUAUCUUUCCUGCAAUACCAUGGGCUCUUAUUUUGUUCAACAGCCUCAUGUGCAGCACCAUGUUGAUCCAAGUAAACAACAUCCACUGACUCUCCUUCGUCUAUCCUGCUUGAUAUUUCCUCAAAGAAUUCCAACAGAUUUGUCAGGAAAGAUUUCCUCUUAGGCCAUGCUUACUUUGGCCUAUUUUAUCAUGUGCCUCCAAGUAUCCUGAAACCUCAUCCUUAAUAAUGGACCCCAACAUCUUCCCAAUCACUGAAGUUAGGCCAACUGGUCUAUAAUUUCCUUUCUUCUGCUGUCUGCCUUCUUAAAGAGUGGAAUAACAUUUGCAGUUUUCCAAUCCUCUGGAACCAUUCCAGAAUCUAGUGAUUCAUGAAAGAUCAUUACUAAUGCCUCCACAUCUCUUCAGCUCCCUCUUUCAGAACCCUGGGGUGUAGUCCAUCUGCUUCAGGUGACUUAUUUGUCUUAAGACCUUUCAGCUCUCAGAGCACAUUCUCCUUAGAAAUAGCAACUACACUCCAUUCUGCCCCUGACACUCAAAUUUCUGGCAUUGUGUUUUUCACAGUGAAGACUGAUGCAAAAUACUUAAUAAGUUCAUCCACCAUUUCUUUGUUCCCCAUUGCUACCUCUCCAGCAUAACUUUCCAGCGGUCUGAUAUCAAAGGUUCAAAGGUACAAUUUAAUGUGAGAAAUGUGUACAACAUACAUCCUGAAAUGCUUUUUCUUCACAACCAUCCACGAAAGCAGGAGUGCCCCAAGAAUGAACGACAGUUAAAUGUUAGAACUCCAAAGUCCCCCCCCCGCUCCCCUCCCUCCUGCGCGUAAGCGGCAGCGAGCAACAUUUCCCCUCCCCCUGUCCACUUUCGUCUUCCUUUUACUCUUUAUAUAUCUGAAAGACAUCUUUUUUCUAUCCUCUGAUAUUAAUGGCCAACUUACCUUAUACUGUAUUUCAUCUUUUCUCUAUAUAUGGCUUCUUUAUAGAAGGUCCAAAUUCACUCUUGCCUCUCUUUUAUUCUAUAUAUCUGAGAAAAAACUAUUGAUAUUCUCUUUGAUAUUGUUGGCUAGCUUACCUUCAUAUUUCAUCUUUUCACUCCUUAUGGCUUUUUUGGUUUUUAAAAGUUCCACAGUCUUCUAAUUCCCCACUAAUUUUUGCUAUAUGUUCUCUUUUCCUUCUAUGCUGUCUUUGACUUCCCUUGACAGCCAUGGUUGUCUCAUUUCCUUUUAAAAUACUUCUCCAUCUUUAGAAUGUAUCUAUCCUACGCCUUCUGUAUUACACACUGUAUCUAGUUGUAUACUAACUGCCCCAUCUUCAGUCCUAUCACUAUGCUUUCCACCUUCCUACCAAAUUAAAUUAAACCCUUCCCAGCAGCUCUAGCAAACCUGCCUACAAAGAUACGGGUUCCUCUUGGUUUUGGAUGUAACCCCUCCUUCCCCAAAGAGAUCCCAAUGAUCUAGAAAUCUGGAAUCCUACCCUCUGCACUAGUUGCUCAGCCACUCAUUCAUCUUUACUAUCAUCCUAUUCCUGCCCUGACAAGCAUAAGAGAUUACUAUCUUGGAGAUCCUGCUCUUCAGCAUCUUCCAUAACUCCCUGUAUUCACUUAGUAGGACCUCUUUACCUUUUCUACUUAAGUUAUGAGUGCCAAAGUGCACCACGACCUCUGAGUGCUCUCUCUCCCUCUUGAGUAUAUUCUCUAGCUGCUCUGAGACUUCCUUGACCUUAGCACCUGGGAGGCAGCAAUCAUCCUGGUAUCUCUUGCAGUCACAGAAUCUCCUGCCUUACCCCCUUACUAUUGAGUCUCCUAUCACUUAUCGCUCUACAUGACUUUACCCUUCCUUGUUGAGUCUCAAGAGCCGGCCGUAGUGCCAUUGGCUUGGCUACUGCUGCCAUGAUCUGAUGGGUCACCCCUCCCAGCAGUAUCCAAAGGGGUAUACUUAUAGCUGAGGGGAAUGGCCACAGGGAGCCCUGCGCCACCUACUUACCCUCCCCCCCCCAACUUAAAAUGCUCAUAUGUAGCCUAGUGAAUUUGCACCUGAAGUAACGACAUUACUCCCUGGAAUUUAGAAGAUAAAAAGGUGAUGGUAUACUGAACUGAUAAAAGAUGGAUUUAUUUUUCUAGUAGUUUGAGGAUCCAGAACUGGAGAUAUUGUAUAAAUAUUAGAGCUGAAUUCUUCAUGAGUGAUAUUAGCAAUUACUUUCACAUGUAGACAUUGGCAAUACUUUUGAACACACAUUCACAAAUGACAAUGCAAAGUCAUUUAUUUAUUUUAAAUGCUAAUACUGAAAUUGAUAUGGAGAAAAAAGUGGAUUUUGCUUACAGAUCAGCCAUGUAAUCGGACUGCUGACAGGGCUUGAGGAAAUCAUUUACCUAGUCCAGUACCUAGGAACUCAGUUUAUACUGGGUCUGCAGAUUUCAUAGUUAUGGUAGUUGGGGUCAUCUUGGGCAAUCCCGCAGACUCAAGAAUAACUUUGCUUCUGCUCCAGUUCAUAGGAGUGAAAAAUAGCCAUGCAUGAAGUCUUUCAAUAAGGUGUGGCUGUUGCAUACCAGCUGCCACAUGGCCUUGACAGAGCAAGCCCUAAUAGCAGGAAGGUUUAAGAAAACUGGAGGCAUGUUGAAUAUGAACAGAAUUGGUGUGUGCGUGCGUGUGCGCGCACACACACACAAAGUAAAGAGAUAUACUAUGGCCAUGCACACAUGCAUGAGGACAGCCACAUCAUCUACCCCGACCUGUUUCCAAUCCUUCUCCUCCAUCACAUAAUCUCGACCAUACCAUGGAGAUGGGAUCACAAUGUACAUUGUACUUUGAUAAAGUGGUUUUGAAAGUAUUGCAACCCAUUGUCAGAGAUAAAAUUGAAUGUAGUUGGGGUAGCUAUUCCUCUACAUUCUCAUACUCACAUUAUAGCAACUCAAUUAAUUCAAUUAUCCUCAAUGUGAGCCAUAUUUUUGGUCAUAAAGGUUCUGCCUUAGUAUCUUUUCAUAUUUUAUUUCAUUUUAUAAAUUCUGUUGUAUUCAGUGUUGUUCUGGCAAUGAAAUAUUAUGUAGGAUCCUAUUUCUUGUUAUAACUUAGGGCACUUAAAUUCCUCACCAGGGUGACUGGAAAACUAGUAUUGCAGCCUUAACCCAUUUGUACUGAUUUGUCAGCCACAGUCUCAAUGUUUUACUGCGCUGGCCACUUUUACCUUGGCAUUCAUGACCCUUACUACAAAGUUUGAGGCUAACGUGCCACUUGGGGGCAGUAUAAGUACAAAACAUUUAUAUGUAACUGGAAUACUGUGUGUCACCAGCUAAUUUUGUUUGUACAUUGAUACUGAAUUGUGAGUUGCAUUUCUGCCACACAUUCUUUUUUCUUGUUCAGUUUUUUCCUUGAAGAAAUUGUGCUGCAAUCAAGAGCUGUUGAAAAUAAACAGAGAAUUGUCAUAUUCCUAGUUUGACUUAUGAAAUUGGUACCAAUGCCAUAUCAUGACUUAAACAGAUGGCAUUCAGUUUAUCAUCUUUUGAAAAACUGCCCAUAAGCCCAACUUCUCUGUUGUUUCA